GUCCCAACGAGCUACGAUGGCAGUGGGCCAGAGUUGUUAGCCGGGCCAAGCAGAUGCACUAAUCAGUCAUUAGUAUUCGGCCAGUACGCAGCGAGAGUAACGACUUUGGAAACCCGUUUCGGCCAUAAAAAAACCGAUAGUACUCAUUAAGCACACAGCGAAAACAAACAAUAUAAAGAUGACAGAAGACUCUGCGAAGGGAGCUCUUAACAAUGGCUACGAAAUGGACCAUAAAGAGCUGGAAAUCCACGAGCCUGAAGAGUUCAAGGAGCUGUCGCUGGAAAGCGAAUCGGAUGACUCGAAGGAAAAGGGCUUUUUUGAGAACAAUCCUAGAGUUGCGCGUAUUGUGAAAAUCUCUACCUAUGUACUGCUGCACCUCGUUGUGGUGGCCUACUUCUCAUACGCCACCUAUCACUACAACGAUAUAACCAACUACGAGUGCUACUGGAAAGAUAAUCCACUGUGCGGCAUCAACUUCUGCACCGGCUAUGGAAUGCUCUUGCUCCUGUUGGGUUUCGUCUACGCGGGUCUGUUUUACUACUAUGUGUUCAAGCCCUUGGUGGGGCGAAAGCUGCACAGGAAUUUCCUAAGCCCCUUGUCUAAGAAAUGGCACAGCUUCAGCAGAACCAAGAUUGUGUCACUGGCCAGCAUCGCCGCGCUCCUCGUUCUGUUGGCCAUUUUUGUGUACUUCGAGACCCGGAACGAGCCCCAGAAGCUGGUGUCCCUGGUGGGCCCCUGCUUCUUCAUCCUCUGCGGCUACGUCUUCUCCACAAAGCGAAGUGCCAUCAAGUGGCGCAUCGUGAUCACGGGGAUCACGUGCCAGUUCCUGCUCGGCAUCUUCUGCAUCCGCUGGGAGGUGGGCCGCAAAAUCUUCGAGUGCUUUGGCAACAAGGUGGCCACCUUCCUGGGCUAUGCCACCGAUGGAGCCGAAUUCGUGUUCGGCGAGUUCCUGGUGCAGAACAACGUGUUCGCCUUCGCCAUCCUGCCGGUGAUCUUCUUCUUCAGCUUCUUCAUCUCUAUCCUGUACUACCUGGGCACGAUGCAGUGGAUCGUAUUGAAGCUGGGUUGGAUCCUGCAGCAGAUCAUGGGCACCACCGUCUGUGAGAGUGUGACGGCGGCGGCCAAUAUCUUCCUAGGAAUGUCCGAGAGUCCACUGCUCAUCCGGCCGUACAUCAACAAGCUGACCAAGAGCGAAAUCCACAGCAUCAUGGUGUCCGGCUUUGCGACGGUCUCUGGAACAGUGCUGGCGGCCUACUUGUCCUUUGGGGCAUCCGCUGCCCACCUGAUCACCUCCUCGGUGAUGGCAGCUCCCGCCACGCUGGCCAUCUCCAAGCUCUACAUGCCGGAGACGGAGGAGAGCCAGACCUCGUCGGACUCCAUUGAGUUGGAAAAAUCGCAAGACUCUUCGCUGCUGGAUGCGGCCUCCAGUGGUGCCAGCAAUGCCGUGCCCAUUGUGCUUGGCAUCAUAGCCAACAUUGUGGCCUUCGUGGCCUUCAUCGCCUUCCUCAAUGGCCUGGUCAGCUGGUUUGGCUAUUUGGUGGGUCUGGAGCACGUUGACUUCGAGUGGAUAUUCUCGAAGCUGUUCAUUCCGCUCGUCUGGGCGAUGGGAGUGCCCACCGAGGACUGCGAUAUCAUCGCCAAAGUGGUGGCCACCAAGACCAUUAUCAACGAGUUCGUGGCCUAUGAGCGGUUGGGUCAAUACAUCGACAGCAAUCAAAUCACUGCCCGCAGCGCUGGCAUUGCCACUUUCGCCAUAUGCGGCUUCGCCAAUCCCAGCUCCUUGGGCAUCCUCAUCGGAUCCCUCAGUGCCAUGGCGCCCCACCGACGCGCCACCAUCACAGCAGUGGCCUUCCGAGCCUUCGUGGUGGGCAGCAUAGUCUGCUUCGUAUCCGCCAGUUUUGCAGGCAUCCUGAUACAAGAAGAGGAUGAGGCGGCGAACUACAAAAAGAUAUUCCAAAAACUGGGUCACAAAAACGUUACGCAGUUUUAGUUCCUUGCAGUGAUAAUUAGCCGAUGAAAUUAUACAAAAUAAUCAAAUUCUUAUUUAUUAAAUAAACGUUGUUGCUAAGAGUAAAA